UGCAACUGACGCCCGGCUCGGCCACGCGCGUGCUCGUGUCAAGUAACGCCGCGAGUGAUCGUCUUACCGGUGUUGUGCCAAAGUGCCUAAGUGAUUUGUGGAACGUCCAGGAUACCAGGAAAACUGGAGCCAAAUAAAAUCCCAAGAAGUUUCGUGUGUAAUGCAGCAAUGUCGGCGGCGGUGAGGGCGGCGCUGCUCUGCGCGUGCGCGAUGCUGCUGCACCACGCUCGCGCGGAGCUGAUCGGGCGGUGUCCCGCCAACGCCACAUGUCCUGCGCGGGCGUCGCCUUGUGCGGACGACAAUGAGUGCGGCGAACAAGUCUGCUGCGACACUUCGUGCGGGAAGGCGUGCGUGGACCCGCUGUAUACUGGCUGUGAAAACAUCAAACUGUCUUCCGAGAGAAUAUCCCGAGCCCUAGCAGCUGAGAACAGUCGAGGAGGGCGAGGGCUCAUCAAAUCAGUUCGAGCUCCCCGGUGUAGGACCAGCGAUGGGGAGUUCGAAGAGAUCCAGUGCGACAAUGAGAUCGUCAGCUCUUGUUGGUGCGUCGAUCAGACUGGGUUUGAGAUUCCCGGCACCCGUGCCCCGGCCGCCGCCCUAGUCAACUGCACACGUAAAGCUCCCUGCGCGGCCCACACCUGCCGCAUGCUCUGCCCGCUCGGCUUCGAGCUGGAUGCUAACGGCUGCCCGCUCUGCAAAUGCCGAGAUCCUUGUAAUGGCAUCACCUGUCCUGGACAGUUAUCAUGCCAAUUGGAUGAGACUCCGUGCCUUCGACCGCCGUGCCCGCCUGUUCCUAACUGCAAGAGAGCAAGAAGCCUCCAGAACAUCUGUCCAGUCGGCGAACCUCUGCUCAUAUCGGAAACCAGCCGUCCGUUCCUGUGCGGGACGGAUCCUGGCAAACCGAACUGCCCGCCUCUUUACAAAUGUCUGGUCGAGUCAGGAAACGACUACGGAGUAUGCUGUCCAGCAUCCUUAGCACUACGUAAAGCCGGCACCUGCCCCACUCCGACCACAUCCAGCGAUGAAUGUGGGACCCCCUGUGCCCACGACUUGGAAUGCCCUUCCAUGGAGAAGUGCUGCGACUCCGGAGAAUGCGGCAAGCACUGCGUCUUACCACAAAAUGUCACCAUGUGUCACCAGCAGAAGAUGCUGGCUGAACUGCUGGUGGUCAGCGAGAAGGAGGGUAGAGGCUACGUGCCGCAGUGUGCAGCUGAUGGGUCGUUCGAGUCCAGGCAAUGUUCGAGGAAUGGACUUGUCUGCUGGUGCGUAGACACCGAAGGCAACAAGCUUCGCGGUUCCAUGGGUCCGUCUCCGUCCGUCCAAUGCUCCGAGAAACCCGGCCCAGUCCGCGAAGGUGGCCGCAGCCUUAACUCCUGCCCGAGAGCCCUGUGUGCUGGGGUCUGCGAGUACGGAUACAAGAGCGGAGCCAACGGAUGUCCCACUUGUGAAUGUGAUGACCCGUGCGAAGGGUACCCUUGUGGAGAAGGCGAGGAGUGUAUAAGAGUCAGGGAUGCGGAUUGUACAGGCGAGCUGUGUACUGGAUAUCCUGUAUGUCGCCCCCGAGUAGCCUACGAAAACCCCUGCGAAUCUGGCACCGCAUUCACCGACAUCACCGACGGUACCGUGGUCGGCUGCGGCAGCGACCAAGACUGCCCAUACGCCCACGUGUGUACUAGGAGCCGACGAAGCGGAGCUGCUUUGUGCUGUUUGGAUCCUAAAUACGACUCAAAUUCGACUAAUACGGAUCUUACUGAAAUAAACUACGAAUCCUGCGGUGCGGAAGCUGAGGCCGUGUGCGAUCACAACUCCACCAUCAGUUGCGGAGACGGUGACUGUCAAGACGGGCUGGUGUGCUGUUCCACUGUCAACUGCGGGCCGGUAUGCGUGGACCCGGCCAAGAUGAGGCUGCAGACGGAUAGGGUUGACGACACGCCUACCAUGUGCGAAUACCUCCGCGACUUUGACGAAAAGAUGGAAGGCACGGUAGACGGGAUGAAGCUAGCCCUCCCCGCGCCCACGUGCACUGCUGACGGCUCCUUCUCACCGCAGCAGUGCGCGCACGGCCGCUGCUGGUGCGUGGACUCCUUCGGCACGGAGAUACCGGAGACUAGCACCAACAACGCUUCGGCUGUGGACUGUGUCAAGGUUCGCGAAAGCCUAGCCUGCCUGGACCUGACGUGCCGCAUGGGUUGCGACUACGGCUUCGUGCUGGGCAGUAACCACUGUCCGACUUGCCACUGCCGUGACCCCUGUGCAGGAGUCACUUGCCCUGAAGGCCGCGCUUGUGCAGUAGUCGAUGUAGCGUGUGAUGCGGAGUACUGCCCUCCAGUGCCUGCUUGUUUACCUCGCAAACCCGGGCAGUGUCCUUUCCUGGUGCCCCACACCGGGGCCUGCGAGUGGGCGUGCCGCGGCGACGCGGAGUGCGGCGCGGGCGAGCGCUGCUGCGCCACCGGGUGCGGCACCGCCUGCGCUGCCGCCACGAACCACUCGCCGUGCCAGCAGAGAAGAGCCCUCGCCCUACACACCGCUGCUGAAAGCGGCAAGCCGCCAUCUUCGCAAGACGUGCCCGACUGCAAGCUGGAUGGCUCGUACGAGGCCGUUCAAUGCCGCAAGGCUGAGAACUUGUGCUGGUGCGUCGACAGCGGCGGGAACGAGAUCCCCGGUACCCGAGCCUUCAACUCCACGCCCUCGUGCGAAGCGCCAGCCCCCUGUUCCGAAGUCCACUGCGACGACGAAGAGAUCUGCGCUCACGGUCGCCAGUUGGACAUCAAGGGUUGCCCGACCUGCAAAUGCAGAGAUCUCUGCGCUGAAGCUAAGUGCAGGCCAGAUGAAACUUGCGAGAUUGUGCCCUUGGAAUGCGAGGCGGAGUCCUGCCCCCCGAUAGUCCGCUGCACCCCGACCCCCCGCUGCCCCGGAGGUGAACCGCUCCUGGUCCCGGGCGGCACGGACGUCCUGGUGUGCGGACCUAACGCCGCCGCCUGCCCGUCGACGCACGCGUGUCGUUUCGCGCCGCACGACACCGGGGCGCCCGUGUGUUGUCCUAAGCCACGAACAGUAUGCUUCGACACAAAAGACGAAGGCAACUGCACGGACACGGCCGGUCUGAACGCGACGCGAUGGCACUUCAACCACGAACGCAACCGAUGUGAACGAUUCAAGUACAACGGUUGCUCUGGCAAUCACAACAACUUCAGAAGCAAGGAAGAGUGCAACGCCGUGUGCCCUGUGUUGAGCCCGUGUGAGCGACUCCGUGAAAAGAACGAGGCGGCCGAGAAGAAAUACGGGAAAGGCACGUUCAUCCCCAAGUGUGACGUCACUGGAGCCUGGGAGUCUGUGCAGUGCAUGUCGCAUAUCGAUGUUUGCUGGUGCGUGAGCGCCCGCGGUGAGCCUCUAAAGGGCUCUCUGGUGCGCGGGGCCAAGCCCUCGUGCAACUUCAGGCAGGCGCGCAAGUGGGCCAAGCGGACCGGGGACGACGAGCGAGCGCGAGCCGACGAAGUUCUAGAAGAGCUCAUCAGACAAAUGACUGCGUUCCGCGCCGAACAGAUGGAAGAAUACGACGAGGAAGAUGUAUUUCGCGACGAACCGGUGGAGCCCAGGACUGUGGAGACUUUGAAGCCGAUGGAGAAACUGGAGGUUCAGGAGGCCGAGCCGAAGAGCAAGACCGUCUUCAAGACCAAGUGCCAGAUGCUACAGGAUGAGGCCGAGAAUGGAGAUGGCCCCGCAAUCCGCUGCAUGCCGGACGGGUCGUUCGCGGCGCGACAGUGCGUGCGCGGGCGCUGCUGGUGCGUGGACGCGGCGGGCCAGCGCCGCGGCGCGCCCCUACCUGUGCUAGACUCACCCACGUCGGACCCUUGCUUGCCAACCCAAAUUGAAUCAGCGUCCCUGGAGUUGGAAAUCAUCGGCACCGACGCCGCGGCGGCGGAGCGAGCGCGGGCCGCCUUGCAAUCACAACUCGCUUCCCUCGGCGCUCGAGUGCCGGUCACGGUGACUAAAGACCGCUCCGCCAUGAAGCUUAGAGCUGUGCUGGCUGGGCCCAGGGCUGUGGAUGUCGUCUAUCACGUGGAGAAUCUGGUGAAACAAGAGAAGCUGUCAGGCGUGAACAAAACGUCGGCUGGCGCGUUGGGCGCUGACGUCAUCCGCAGCGAGUACCGCCUCGCCGCGCAGGCGCCGCUCAUGCAGCAACGGGAGAUACUCAGCGAAUCCACGGUGUCAGCAACGACAUCAUACCACACCGCGCUGAUCGUCCUUGCAGCGUCUUCCGCAUUCAUCAUCAGUGUACUCUGUGUCCUGGUGAUGCUAUACCGAGGCCGGCUACAGCGAGAGCCUCAAAAAGCCGAGCGUUUCUUACCCGCCGCUCCCCCCGUCUACGUUCUGUCAGCCGAUGAGAAAGCCGAACUAGCGAAGGCUUUACACGCCCCUCCACCGCCAAUACCCCCUCAAAAUGAUCACACUAGAAUUUAGGUGCUAAGUCUGACUUGUUUUUGUUUUUUGGGUUUACGGUUGGUACGGUAGUGGUAUCGUACAGUACUGAAUAUAAUUAGUACUUAGGUAACGUUAACAUUAUAUAAUAAUGGUAAGUGAUACACGAGCGUACACUCAAUAAUAGGCAUGUGUAAGUCUUGAUUAAAUACAACACGGACCAUCCGUGUAGCACUGAUCCAGCCCGAACGCAUGCGAAUCAAGGGCGUUUUUGUUAAAAGUGUGUGUGUUUCGCGUGCGUUUAAGCAUGCCUAAAAUACGCACGUGUAUCGUACCUGAUAUCUAAGGAAUCAAUGGUGUGACGUUACUAAAUAAAA